UCGUCAGGCGUGACGUAGUUUUCAAGUUCGGCACUGACUUGUGUCUGUAUAUAAGAUAACCUCAAGUUUCUGAUUGUUUAAUCGAUUCUGGUCGAAUAUAGUAAAUAAUUGAAUACAGAAAAUAUUUUUGUGUUUCGAUUUCAAGUUACAAUAUUUAGUUAGUUAUAUUAUUUAAGUUAAAAAUGAGUAUUUCGAAUGAUUAUUGUAAUUACCGGUCUCCUCUUAGUACCAGAUAUGCUAGUAAGGAAAUGCAAUACAAUUUUAGUGACCAAAAAAAAUUUUCUACUUGGCGUAAACUAUGGAUUAUAUUAGCUACAGCAGAAAAGGAAUUGGGUCUUGAUAUUACCGACGAACAAAUCAAUGAAUUAAAACAACAUGUGGAUGAUAUAAAUUUUGAUGCUGCAGCAGCAGAAGAGAAACUGACACGUCAUGAUGUAAUGGCACAUGUCCAUGUUUUGGCAAAUUUAUGUCCAAAAGCAGCUCCAAUUAUUCAUUUAGGUGCAACAUCAUGUUUUGUAACUGACAAUACGGACUUGAUUAUAAUUAAAGAUGGAUUAGAUUUAUUACUUCCAAGAUUGGUUGGUGUUAUCAGUAAAUUGUCAGAAUUUGCUGAAAAAUAUAAAGAUUUGCCAACAUUAGGUUUUACACAUUUACAGCCUGCGCAAUUAACAACAGUUGGAAAACGAGCUACAUUAUGGAUAUUCGAUUUACUAUUAGAUGAAGUAGCAUUAUCUAGAGCCAAAGACGAUUUAAGAUUUCGAGGCGUGAAAGGAACAACUGGCACUCAAGCAUCGUUUUUACAACUUCUUGAAGGUGAUUCCACAAAAGUUCGUAAAUUGGAUAAACGUGUUGCUGAAUUGGCAGGAUUUAAUAAGACUUAUCCAGUAACCGGCCAAACAUACUCCAGAAAAGUUGAUGUAAAUGUUUUAGCUGCUCUUAGUGGUUUAGGAUCAACCAUACAUAAAAUUUGUACCGAUUUAAGGUUAUUAGCAUCACGAAAAGAAUUGGAAGAACCAUUCGAAGCCACACAAAUUGGCAGCUCUGCAAUGCCAUAUAAACGUAACCCAAUGCGAUCAGAACGAUGCUGUGCAUUGGCUAGACAUUUAAUGACAUUAAUCGGUGAUGCAACCGCCACGCAUUCCGUGCAAUGGUUAGAACGUACUUUGGAUGACAGUGCAAAUAGGAGAUUGUCAUUGGCGGAAAGUUUUCUCAGUGCAGAAGCAGCUUUAUUAACAUUAUUAAAUAUAUCCCAAGGAAUUGUUGUAUAUCCAAAAGUAAUUCAUCGUCAUAUUUUACAAGAAUUGCCAUUCAUGUCCACAGAAAAUAUAAUUGUUGCAAUGGUUAAAAAAGGUGGUGAUCGCCAAAUAUGUCAUGAACGAAUUCGUGUACUGUCUCAUCAAGCAGCUGCUCAAGUUAAAGAACACGGAUUAGAUAACGAUCUAAUUGAACGAAUUAAAAAUGAUCCAUAUUUUAAACCUAUACUGGAUGAGUUAACAGAUUUAUUAAAACCAGAAACAUUCAUUGGUCGUGCAUCAGAACAAGUUACAGAAUUUUUAGAAGAUGAAGUAAAACCAUUAUUGAAAAAAUAUGCCAAUUCAUUAGCCGCAGCUAAUUCUCCUGUAACAUUAAAUAUUUAACAUGUUUUUGUUGUAAUAUAAUUUUUUAAUG